UUUUUUAUUCAAGUGUAAUAUAAAAAUGUGUGGUGCAAUGAAGAAUUAUUUGCUUAAAACAUCUUUAGUAUUAAUGUGCUGGGUUCAAUUCACACAAGCGGCAUUUUUACGAUGCUACAAUGGAUCGCUAGACAACUAUCUAGUGACACAAUUGGAAAAACCUCUCGAACUAUCACCUUGCCUCAACACCGGUCUGCCCACCGUGGUCUACACGUUCGGUUACCGGGGGAAGACAGCAGGGGCUGCCACUACAGCCGUGCUCAAAGCUUACAUAGCCAAACGGAAGAGUAAUGUGAUAUUACUGGACUGGGAGAAUGAAGCAGAGAGCGGCCUCCUUGGGAUACCUCUAGGGUACGCGCUAUAUGCCGUACCGAAUGCUAGAAAGGUUGGUAGAAAACUCGGUGAAGCAUUGAUGUCGUUAACUAAGGCUGGUGUAAGCAUGAACGACAUACAUCUAGUGGGACACUCCCUUGGGGCUCAGGUCAUGGCGUAUGCUGGGAAACGGACGAGGGAGAGUGGACAAGUAAUUGCAAGAAUAACCGGUCUGGAUCCAGCUCGAAUGCUGUUUGAGGGCACUCUUGCCAUACAGAGUGGUCUGGACCGCACGUGCGCGCGGUUCGUGGACAUCCUGCACACUGACCCCGGCGGCUACGGGACCCGGGGGUCGACUGGCACUGUGGACAUCUGGCCUAAUUAUAAUGGAAACAGUGGUCCUCAGCCCGGAUGCCCGCCUGGCGACUUUGAUUCCUUCAGCCCUGAAGAUUUAUGCAGUCACGAUCGUUCUUGGCGCUAUUACGUAGAGUCCCUGGCGUUGCCGACAGCAUUCAUGGCUGCGUCUGCAACUAACGUCGACGAGUGGGUCGAGAAGAAUGGACACACCAACCAAACUAUCUACAUAGGUGAUCUGACCAGCCCUAGAGCAAGAGGCAACUACUACCUGCGAACGAACCCUGAACCAGGGUAUGGCAUGGGCCCCGAGGGUAUGAAGCCAGGCAGCAACCAGAGCAGAAACAGGCGGAACCCAAUACUUACUAGGAUACUUAAAUACUUUAGAUGAUAGACAAUACUUUGUAAGUAAGUUCAUGUGAAGACGCUAUGGAUAUCCAAAGAUAGAAUCCAAGAAAUGGAAAGCCAUAUUUGUUAGUAGUUAUUAAGCUUGAAUAGAACUAUUCUGGGAGUAUAUAAGUAUCUCUUAAAGACUAGCAGUAGAAGGAAGAUGAAUGUGAUGACAUAGUAUGUCUAUCUCAAUCCUUUAAUAGCAAGUCUUAAUUCAUUCACUCAUUGAAAUGAAGUGAAAAAAACAGGGCUCCUUGGUUUAAUAAAAUGAAUGGUUUAAGAUUUUUUUUCACAAAAAUGUGUACAUUCCCUGACUUCAUUUAAUACUUUCGUUACAAAUAAAUCCUGUUUGCUUAGUUUUACUUCAAUAACUUACAUGAUAUUGCGUAAGUAUUCAGAUAACAUAUUUUGUCUUGUUAAAUAAAUGCCAGAAUAAUAUCUAAGACCUAGGUUAAGAUAUAAACGUAGUUUACUAGGUACUAUAGGAAAAAUAUGUUAGUACAUUAUAUGUGACACAAUGAAACGAAUAAGUUUUUGAAUAAAUAUUUUAUUGUAUAUUUAAACCUAAUUUUA